UGGAUGGAGACGCCUGUGAACCGGCAGCAUACGUGGACCGAACGGUGACGCGGCGAAGUUUGGGAAGAUACGGGUCAAAUCUGAAAGGCACCAGGGGAGCCAGAGGUCCGGUCAGUCCCUAGUUGAAGGGACUGCCUCUCCCCCUCACCCCCCAACUCUGCAGGAGUUGGAUUCUGACGGAGGCUCUGAGAUGUGGGCGAACAACAGGUGCAAACGCCCCAUGAUGGAAGAGUUAAGGAUCUACUUGCAGAAGGAGGGUCUGCCAGUUGGAAUGUAAGGUCCGUGGGCACAUACAUCAAGAGUGAUGCUGAGCCCAAGGGCUGGGUCAGGGAACAGACCCCACCCCAUGAAGGUGGGAGAUGGAGAAGCGGGUCCUGGAGACCCCCCAGACUGUCUGGGGUUUGACCCAUCUCACCUGAGGAUACACCCUGAGGAGCCUGAGGUCCCAGAAGACGAGGCUCCUGGAGGAGCCGAGGUGGUGGCUCCGGCCCUGGUGCAGCUCAUCGACGAGCACGGGGCUUACUUGACCGCGCGCCUGGUUCCCGAUGGUUCGGCGGAGAAGCGCUCUGGGAAGGGGGCGCCAGGCUCGCUCCGCAACGGCUGUGAGGGCCGGGAGGGGCUGGCGCAGCCCAGGCCGUUCAGCUGCGCGGCCUGCGGGAAGGCCUUCAAGCGCGCGUGGGAGCUGCUGAGCCACGAGGUGGUGCACACGGCGGCGCGGCCCUUCCGCUGCGGCCUGUGUGCGGCCGCCUUCAAACGCCACUCGGACUGCAAGAGCCACCGGCUGGUGCACAGCGACGAGCGGCCGCACCGGUGCGACGCCUGCGGCAAGCGCUUCAAGCGAGCCAGCAACCUGCAGGAGCACCGCCGCAUCCACACGGGCGAGCGCCCCUUCCCCUGCCCGUCCUGCCCGAAGCGCUUCAAGACCCCCUACGAGCUCCACCGCCACGAGCCUCUGCACGCCCCUUCGCGGCCCUUCCCCUGCCCGGACUGCGGCAAGGCCUUCGCGGCCGGGCCGGCCCUGCUUCUGCACCGGCGGCAGCACUGCGAGGACAAGCCGCACGCGUGCGGGCUAUGCGGCAAGCGCUUCACCCACGGCCACAGCCUGCGGGUGCACGAGCGCGUGCACACGGGCGAUCGGCCUUUCGUAUGCCCGCUGUGCGCCAAGGCCUUCAAGCAGUCCAACGCGCUGGCCUCUCACCGCAGCGUGCAUUCGGGCAAGCGGCCCUACCCGUGCGCCACGUGCGGCAAGGCUUUCAAGCAAUCCUCCUACCUGGCCGUCCACCGUCGCACGCACACGGGCGAGCGGCCCUACGCCUGCGACGCCUGCGGCAAAGCCUUCUCCCGGCCCUCGCUGCUCCUGCAGCAUCGCCGCGUUCACAGUCCCGUGCGCCCUCACGCCUGCCGCUUCUGCCCUAAGCACUUCAAGGACCUGAACUACCGCGCGGUCCAUGAGAAGGUGCACAUGGGAGAGACGCCCUACAAGUGCGGCCUUUGA